AUGCUGACGUUCUUGAACAGCAACGACUUUUCGACGUAUCGCUCCAUAUCCGGUAAUCAAAACGCCCUGCUGGGCGACAACGAGAGCCUGGCUGUCACUGCGCUCACGCAUGAGAGCUGGAUGUAUGGCCUGCAAGGACAUAACCGCCGCCUGGCCUUCCUCGGCCGCCGCGCGCUCAAAACGUACCUCUCGCUCUACCUGUUCCACCUCCUCUCCGAGGCGGGGCGCGCCGAGACGCUACCGGAUGCCGAGGUGCGGUACCUCCAAAAUAUCCUGUCUGCACCGCACGGUGUGGAUGACUUGAUCCGCACACAAGCGCUCGGCGACCACGUCGGUCGCGCGUUGAAGCUCGAGCAGGUCAUGCGCUGGCACCCUACGAUGGGAGCACAAGUCGCACAGCAGUUCUUCUUGUCACGUAUUCUGCCCAACAUCGAGCAGCUUUCGCGCGAGGCGCCUUCUUCUAUCCAAGAGAGUAUCACCAAGUCCAGCAAGGAGGCGGCCGAGGCCCUGCAUCAUUCGCCUUAG